ACUACUUCAAUACAAUCUUCAAGACUCGUAUUGCUCCAAUUCCCAAGUUCCAACCAUGAACAACAACAUGUCUGGGCUCUGCGCCACACAACAAGAUGCUUCGGAGCAAUCUGAUAUGGAGAAGCUCAUCCAAAUGGGCGAUUUCGAGCGGGCGUUAGAGCUCUGCAACCAGAGUCUCCAGAUCCAUCCCGACCAUGCCUUGGCCAUCUACCUAAAAGACAGCGCUCUCAGAAGCUAUGACCAGGCAUGCCAGCUUCUGCAAAUAGCCGUCGAAUUCUGCACCGGCCAAGCACAUAUUGAAGAUGAACUGCGACAGUCCAAGGCCGCUUACGUACGCAGGGAGUACAACAUUUCGGAGUUCUUGCUCGGAGUACAGCCGCCUCCAGAGGUUGAGGAGUUCAUUGGGGAUGUCGAGAUCAACAAGAUCAACAAGAUUAGGGGUCGAGGGCUCUUCGCAACGAAAGACAUUAGCGUCGGUGAGCUUUUAUUAGUGAGCAACGCAGCUUUCAUUGUUAAUCGCGCGGUUAAGCCUCUCAAGAUUGAUCAGAGCCACAAAAUAAAGGGCUCUUUGCAGCAAGAUCUUGUACACGCCGUUUUGGAUGCUGCCAAGAAAUCACAGAAACUGAGCCAACAGCUUUUUGAACUGGACAACGGUUCUUUACAAGUUCGCUCUUCAUUGCCGGCCAUUGAUUUGUUUCAUACAAACUACCAAGAAAGAACAGAGGUGGUGCUAGAACUCAAGGAGCAGGGGAUCCGAGACAUUGUUUUCCGAAACUCUUUCGGCGGGGAAUACAAGAAAUUUGCAGAGGAGCGCCCAGAAGACGCAGAGCCGUUGGGUUUUAGCGGGUUGUGGCUGCUGCCGUCAUUUAUCAAUCACUCAUGCCUUCCCAACGCGACCAGACUUCAUGUAGGGAAAGCAAUGUUCUUGCAUGCGGCAAAACCAAUCAAGAAAAGACAAGAGAUCACCAUCUCUUACUUCGACGCUUUGCUUCCCCAAUCAAGAAGAGAGAAGAAUUGUGGGUUCUGGGGUUUUGAGUGCAAGUGCAGACGUUGUGGUCUGGAGAAGUCUCUGAGCACUGCUCUGGAGAGCUUGAAUGCACAGUUUGAGUCUUUGCACCAUGACGCGCUACAGGAAACCAAUGCCACAAUGUCUGCAGGACAAGCCUUUCCUACAGAGCUUCCCAAAUGUGCAGAAUUCGCCCAGGUCUUUGAAAAAAUGGAGCGAAUACUGGCAAAGUACCCUACAAUGAAGGACGAAGAAAAGAAUUGGGUUCGGGCGUCCUAUCUGACUGCAUAUUGGGCCGGAAUGCAAUUGGACAAGUUAUCUUCCGUGAAGCCCAUUCUGUCCAGGGAUGAAAUAUUGAAGGCCGUUGUAACAACCGUGCCAGGGGAGAUUCGAACCCUUGCCAUGGUGGACCAAAUGUUUGAAGAGCUAAAGCAACAGAUUGGCAUUGAAGGGUCGGCUGUAGAGAAUUUCUUAGCACAAGCUACAGAUGUAUAUGUGCGAGUGUUUGGGGGACACAGUGAACAAUUUAUUCGGGCACUCAUUUCACGCCGUGUGCAAAGUGUACAAUCUUGUAGUGAUGUUGGUAGCUGCUAGAUUCUUGGUUUUUUUGAAGUGUUUUUGGUAGCUGCUAGAUUCUUGGAUUUCCCCAUGAAAUUAGAAUUUUAUGAUUACAAAUCUAUCUUUCCCUUAUAGUUUUUGAAUGGAGCAGGCCUUUCAUGGCACGACUUGUUGAGGUCUUAUGAGCAUUUCAGGGUUCAAAAAUACUAAACAUGAAAAUGUUUUGUUUCUGGGUCUAUACCAGCAAUCUCAUUCAUUGUUUGGUUUCAGGAGUGAUAUCUUCCAAUCUAUUUGAUCUUGGUUUGUUUGUCCUUCAUUUUGCACAGAUAAAGAAUAGCUACCAUAAUUUGUUUGA